AUGAAGCUGCUGACUGCAGCUGUACUUCUCUGUGCAAUGAUGGCUCUGACCACUGCUGCUGCUGAGUAUUGCAGUAUAAAGUGCAUCAUGACUUGUCCCUAUGGUUGGAAGAAGUUUGGUAAGCGAUGCUUCCUCUAUGUCAUCCAAGCCUUGAGUUGGGCUCAGGCUCAGAGAAACUGUGACCACAUGGAUGCAAACCUUGCAUCUGCACACAGCUUCAAAGAGUACAAGUUCAUUCAACACCUGAUAUUUACUUCUAGUCAUACAAGCAAAGAAGCGUGGCUUGGAGGCUCUGAUGCACAAGAGGUUGGUUAUUGGUUUUGGAUUGAUGGAACACAGUUCAGGUACAUGAACUGGUGUCCUGGACAGCCCAGCAACUACUAUAGCAGUGAGCGAUGCCUGCAGAUGAAUUAUUCAGGUGGAAAGUGCUGGGAUGACGUGUGGUGUCACCAUCAAAAACCUUCUGUCUGUGUCAGGAACAUGUGA